UUCACCACUUAUCGGAGUCAAGGUGGAUUUAAUUCAAAUUUAUUUUGGUAGACAAUGUUUUCGGCUAGUUGAAGGUUGCCAGCUAAUCUUGGAUACUAUAAAAAUGCCAAUUUCUGAGCAGAAGGCAUAUCAGUUUACAAUUGAAGCAUCCAACAUGAAGUUGUCUCUCGUUCUUUUCGUCCUUUCGAUGGUGUUGUAUGUGGCUCAAGUGAGGGCUCAAAGUAACUCAACUACCACAACGACCACCACCACGGAGGCCACCACCAGCACUACCACCGAUUCGUCCUCUUCUUACACUUCGGAUGAAAACAGUAAAAUCGUUCGUCUGACCAAUCUGAAGUACUCGAUGAAGAGGAAAAUCAAGGUGGCAACCACCACCAGUUCCACCAAAUCCAAAUCCAAAUCGAAGAGCGCCCGUGCCAAGGCUCGCAGGGCCAUUCUAAAUGCCAUCAAACGCAACAAGAAGUCCGCUGGCAACCGAAAACUCAACAAGAAGUCCCAGAACCGCAAUCUUCGCGUUCGUCGUUAG